ACCUUGAGCUUCUUUGCUUUUCUCGUUUCCACCUGCGCUUCACGUCACGUAACCGGCCCGGUCUUUGGUGCAUAUUGUUUUUUGAUCUUGAUAACAUUUGCCUUUUUGCUUUUGCCGGCUGUGGAGGAGACGCAUAUCAAGAUACAAAUAACGACUGAACUGCUAGUCCAGACCUUGUUGAUAGUCAGGCGACAAACACGAAAGCCUCGAUACAACUCGUCAUAGUACUAUGCUACCAACGUAGACUAGACACUUGAUUGGCAACCGAACCCACGAUCUCCGACUCUAUACACCUCCCCACUACGUCGGGUCGAAUCAGCCGACAGCGGCCUCGAUGGCCGACGCCAUAACCACCGCCUCACCCGGACCGUCGUCAGCGGCGUCCGACAAGACAGACCCGUCGGCCGCCGCGCACAAGGUCGACUUGACCGACGACUCGCCUCCCGAGAACAACAAGUUCGCCUUCACUCCCGCGCAGCUCCACAAGCUUUCUCUCGCGCGCUCGCUCCAAGUCCUCGAUGCCUUUGGCGGACUCGACGGCCUGGCCGCGGGCCUGCGCACCGAUCUCCAGGCGGGUCUGAGCAUAGACGAGGGAACACUCGAGGGCACGGUCCCCUUUGAGGAGGCGGUCCGGGCCGGUAGGGAAAAAAGGCCUCCGGCCAUCAAGCCGCUCGAGACGGGCGAUCAACACAAACAUGGGGCUUUCAAGCUGGAUCUCGCAGAACUCGGAGUGCCCGGUGCCCACCAGCCCGAGGGGUUUGUAGAUCGGCGGCGCGUCUUUGGCGAGAACAAGCUGCCCAAGCGCAAGCAGAGGUCGUUCCUGGAGCUUGCGUGGAUCGCCUUUAACGACAAGCUGAUCUUUCUCCUGACGGCCAGUGCCACCAUCUCGCUGGCCCUUGGAAUCUACGAGGCUGUAGAGGCGGAGGAGGGUGAGCCCAGAAUACAAUGGCUCGACUCGGUCACUGUAAUGGUAGCCAUUGCGGUCAUCGUCUUUGGCAGCGCAUUAAACGACUGGAACAAGAAUCGCAAGUUCGCAAAGCUCAACGAGCGCAAGGAGCAGCGCGACGUCAAGGUCAUACGAUCCGGCAAAACGAUGAACAUAUCCAUCUACGACCUCUUGGUGGGCGACAUUAUGCACAUCGAAACGGGAGACGUGGUGGCUGUCGAUGGCGUGCUCGUCAAUGGCUCUGGAAUCCAAGUGGACGAGUCGUCCCUCUCUGGCGAGUCGGAACUGGUACACAAGACGGCCAUCGCCACCGACGGGGAGCCCAAGCAAGCCGACAAGCCAAAGCCAAAGUCGGAGAAACAAAUGACCCACCGCGUCACUGCAUCCGAUCCCUUCAUCCUCAGCGGUACGACGGUCAACGGAGGAGUCGGCAACUACCUCGUCAUCUCGGUGGGCACCAACUCGACCUUUGGGAGGACGCUCAUGAACCUGCGCACCGAUGUCGAGGAGACGCCGCUGCAGCAGAAAUUGGGAAAGCUGGCCAGGCAGCUCAUCACGUUGGGUGCCCUCGCCGGUCUCGUCUUCUUCCUCGUCAUGUUCAUCCGCUUCUGCGUCGCCAUCCCCGGCUCCAAUGGAACCCCCGCCUCUCACGCCAUGGAGUUCUUCAAGACGCUCAUCCUGGCCGUCACCGUCGUGGUGGUCACGGUCCCCGAGGGGCUCGCGCUGGCCGUCACGCUGGGCCUGGCCUUUGCGACUUCGCGCAUGCUCAAGGACAAGAACCUGGUGCGCAUGAUUCGUUCCUGCGAGGUCAUGGGCAACGCCACCUGCAUCUGCUCCGACAAGACCGGCACCCUCACGCAAAACGUCAUGACGGUGGUGGCUGGCAAUAUUGGAGCGGCCGAGGCAUUUGGCCAAGAGGCCGGCGUCGAGGGAGAGGUCGGAACCGUCAACGGCAAGGCUGCAACCAUGGAAUCCGACAACAGUCCCGAGGCGUCGGGCUCCGACGUUAAAAAGUCCGCCCCCGUGCCUGCAGCGGCUUCUGCGCGCCAACUCGUCUCCUCGCUGGCGCCAGAGGUCAAGGCUCUCCUCAAGAGCGGCAUCGUCCACAACACCACUGCGUUCGAGAGUGACGAUGGCUUCGUGGGCAUGAGCACCGAGACGGCGCUCCUCAAGUUUGCGCGUGAACAUCUCGCCAUGGGACCGCUGAACGAGGAGCGAACAAACGCCGACAUUGUCGACAUGUUCCCGUUUGAUGCUUCCAACAAGUGGAUGGCUGUCAUGGUCAAGCUGCCCGGAGACGGCGGCUAUCGCUUGUUGGUCAAGGGUGCUGCAGAGGUGCUUUUGGACCAGUGCACACGCGCAUUGAGCGACCCCAAGAACGAGGGAGAUGCUGGUCUGACGACUGAAGACUUUACCCCGGAGAUGCACGAAAAUCUCCGGCAGGUUGUGCAGUCCUACGCCGUCAAGAUGCUGCGGCCUGUGGCGAUGGCGUACCGAGACUUUCAAGACCCAACGGAGGUGUUUGAAGACGUCAAGGAUACAACCUCGAUCGACUUCAAGGCCAAGUUUGCCAGCCUCACAUUUUUAUCCCUCUUUGCCAUCAAGGACCCUCUCCGACCCGAGGUCAACGACGCCGUGAGAAAGUGUCAAGAGGCUGGUGUGUUUGUGCGCAUGGUCACGGGUGACAACUUCCUCACGGCCAAGGCCAUCGCCACCGAGUGCGGAAUCUACACGGCGGGAGGCAUCGCCAUGGACGGACCCACCUUUCGCAAGCUCAGCGAGGCUCAACUGGACCUGGUCAUCCCACGUCUGCAGGUCCUCGCCCGCUCGAGCCCCGAAGAUAAGCUGCUCCUCGUGUCGCACCUCAAGGGGAUGAUGGAGACGGUGGCGGUCACGGGAGACGGUACCAACGACGCCUUGGCGCUCAAGGCUGCCGACGUCGGUUUUGCCAUGGGGAUCCAGGGAACCGAGGUCGCCAAGGAGGCAGCCUCGAUUAUUUUGCUCGAUGACAACUUUACGUCCAUCGUCAAGGCGCUUUCGUGGGGUCGCACUGUCAACGACGCCGUCCGCAAGUUUCUGCAAUUUCAGUUUACCAUCAACAUAACCGCCGGUACAUUGACUGUUGUUUCUGAGCUGUCGGGUGACAACAUCUUCAAGGUUGUGCAGCUUUUGUGGAUGAAUCUGAUCAUGGACAUUUUUGCAUCCCUCGGAUUGGCAACCGACUACCCCUCUCCCGACUUCCUCAAGCGCAAGCCUCAACCUCGCAAGACGUCGCUGGUGAGCUUGACAAUGUGGAAGAUGAUUGUGGGCCAAGCUCUGUACCAACUCAUCGUCAUCUUUACGCUCCACUACGGCAAGGACGCACUAUGGAACCCCCAGACCAAACUGCAAGAGGACCAGCUGCAGACUCUCGUCUUCAACAUUUACGUGUGGAUGCAAUUCUUCAACCAGCACAACUGCCGACGCGUCGACAACAAGCUCAACAUCUGGUACCAGGGCGUACUGAGGAAUCCUUGGUUCAUCGGGGUGCAGUGCCUCACCUUUGCCGGCCAAAUGAUCAUCAUCUACAAGGGCGGCCAGGCGUUCCAGACGGUGCCCCUGGACGGGCCACAGUGGGGCUGGUCCAUGCUCUUUGGCAUCCUCACCAUCCCGCUCGGCGUCCUCAUCCGGCUCACGCCCGACCGGUACGCCGGCAAGGUCUUUCACUUUUUCGGCCAGGGUCUGCGGUUCCUCUGGCGCGGCGUGCUGGUGUUUGUGCCGUCCAGGUGGAGCAAGAGGAAGCGCAGCCACCUGGAGCGGCGCCGCAGCCGGCGCAGCAACCUCGAGGAGGGCGACGAGCACCUGGGCGGCGCCAUGGACAACUGGGUGCUGCAGGCGGGCGACGUGCUCCGGCGGCCCAUCAACUACGACUGGGCCACCAUGGGCCGGCCGGACCAGGCGGCGCUGGCCAGCCGCCUCCAGACCAUGCCGGCUGCGCAACGCGAGGCCCUCGCCCGCGCCGCUCAGGCUCACGCCGCCGCCUUGUCGGGGAACAGGGCCGACCACGAGAUCGACCUGCCGGCCAUGAUCGAGGCGGCCAGGAAGGGGACGGCUUCGGGUGCCAUGGAGGUGCAUCCCGACACGAGGCCGGAGGACCCCAUCCUUCCCGAGGGUACGAUUGAUGUGGAGAGGUGGAAGAAGGUGCCGCCUAGCCAGGACCCCGAGGUCAUCAAGUACUUGGAGAGUCAGCAACAUCAGAAAGAUGAAUAAGUUUUUUUUUUCUGUAUUUCUUUUUGUCGGUUGGUUCCUUUUUGUAUGGGUUCCGGUUUUCCUGAGAUGAACAAUCACGCACAUAGCGAUGACAUGACUAAAAAGCGACUGCAAAUAAAAAGGCUGGCAAAUCACCUUUCAUUUGCUUGACUAAUUAAGUUAGUAAAUAAUAUCAGGCUCCAGCUUUUCUCAUGACAUGAA